CUUCGUUGGAAAUUCUUCCGAUUUAGCAACAUUUAGACAUGGCAACAUUUCAAGGAUUACGACGGUCUAUGGUAUCGUUGAACGCGCAUGACCAUCCAGAGCUGAACGUAUUGAUAACGGAAGAGAAGGAUGUUAUGAAAGAGCUCCACAAAUUUGCUAAAGAGAAGGCUGAAGCUGCAAAGUACAUGGCUGUAUGGGGUAAAACAGAACACACAGACGUUGCGGACAUUACGGAAAAGUAUCUAGUUCUAUUUGAGGAGUUUGCAAAGUUCCACUAUACGCUGAUAGAGCGCUAUGAACUGUACCGUUCUCGCCUGAAGGAGAUGAAAGCCCGCGAAGACAGCCUCUACGUCCUUCGUAAACGCUUGAAGGAACUUCAAGAAAAGUUUAAGGACGCAAUAAAGAAGCAGAAGCCUCACGAAGGAAUCAAAUUGGAACUGACUACUGUGGACCGAGAUCUUGCAGAGCAGGAAGCAGCCUAUGAAGGAUAUAAGCGCGCAUCUUUCAAAGAUGCUAUGCACCUCCAAUUUGAUGCCUGGAUGGAGUUUGCCAACAAGAUUACCAUCUUUGCGACUUUUGGUAAAUAUCUCAGUGAUCAGAUACCGCAGGGCUCACUCGCACCUGGGCAAGAACUUCCUGCGUAUGAAGGCGCCACGGUCACGACACGUAUUGUUACGGAUUUCCUUAAAGAACUACGAACAUACGAUUCCCAGCACCAUUCCGACACUCUCGAGCCAAAUGUCAAUCAUCGUCGAAGCUCAGGCGCAUCCUCCUUGAACAUAGAUGACGCCCUACCCCCUGUCCCAAGCCCAGAACCCACAGCUGCAAGCAUCCCCCAACCUCCUCCAAAGCUUUACGCUCCACAUCAGCGUGCCUCGUCUGGGGAAGGGGUGCCGUCGCAGGAAGGGUCACCGCGGUCGCACAGUCGAGAGAGUUCGAUUCCCGUAAGAUCGAGUGAUCAUCCGCCAAGUCGACGAUACUAUCAAGCGCCGGCCCCCUCUGGGUCACUAACAGCUGUCCCGUACGGGGUGGCCCCAGGAGGCUCUUACCUUCAUGUACCACAUCAUGGCUCUUUACCGCGUGAGAUCCCACCCGCAGCGCCGACUGGUUACCCUCCACAUUCUAACUCAUUACCGCGUGAAAGUAUGCUCCCAGGAAGCUACAAUGGCUCUGCCAUAUCAUAUGGUGCUCACCCGCCAGUUUACCAAACUCGGUCUCGCCCUGCCUCCCCUUUACCCUUAGGAUCAGACACUGUAGCAUGUCCCAUAUGCGCUCGCGCAGUACUGGUAGAUAAGAUCAAUGAUCAUCUGGACAGCCGCUGUGCGAUGCACAUGGUAGCAGUCGCAUCAAGUGCAAAUGGAGGAUUACUGGUGGGAUAUGAUGAAUAUAAUGCUCGCGAGCAGAUGCAGGCGCGACGAGAAGUUGUAAGUGGUGAGCUGAUGAGCGACGAGGAAAUUCGACAACGACUGGAACGGCUUAGAGUGCAAUGAAAGCACCCAGAUUUCAUUCAAAUAGAACUUAUAUUUCGGACAGGCGAGAAUGCGAGCUUAGACUUAAUGUUUAUUUAUUAAGAAGCCCCUGCACGCGGCGUAAUAUUAGUGUCUUGUAUGUAGUCAAUCAAUGGCAGUCAUUUCGCGAAAUUUAGUGAGUGUAUCCAAAAAUUCCGCAAAAUUCAUGGUCACUUGUUCAUAGAGAAGCCUUGGCACCUUUUCUUUAUGCACUCCUA